AUGGAGAAAUUUGACUGGAGCCGCCCGGAUCUAAAUCGGACACACUUCCAUUCACUCGCGAACCUUCUUUCACUUCGCAAUGGCGGCCAAGUCGAGCCUACUGUGAAAUUCGACACCGAGCCUGAGCUAGAUUUGGAGCUUAAUGACGAAGAAGAUGAGGAUUCUCGUAGCGUCAACACUGCUCUGGCAAACCAGAUAUCUGACUCAGGUCAUGGUAAACUCAAAAGGCGGUUUCUCGAUGCUGUGGCUGGGUUCGCCGCGAACAAAAAGGGCGGCACAGCAGUUGCUUGCUCGGCUAUGAAAGAGGCUGAGAACGACGUCGUCAUCUGGCUGGCUCGCAACGACGGCUUUUCCAAUGGCGAUCGUCCUGUUUUCGAGAGAUUGGGAGAGAUACUGAGUUCUCUGUCCUAUAACGGCGGUCAGUUCCGUAACACUGCCAUAUGCGCUCUCCAGGACUCCAAGGAUCUGCUAUGGGAACACAUGGUUUCGUACCACAGUAGCCGGAUCAAACAAGACUAUAUCUUCAAGCUGAGGCGAAGCUUCGAAGCUUACGACGCUGAACAAACGCGACACAUUGCCUACACGACCGCAGAUCGGUCAGUCGUUCAUACAGCGCUGUCCGCCUUGCGUGACAUUCUCCUCAAUGAUCUGCCGAGUGACAUAAGUACUUUUGAUAAGCACACAAAGCUGAUUGUGGCGUCAUACGACCUGCGCCGGGACGCUGCUGUUGAAGAGGCACUGAAUAGCCGCGCGAGCUCGACUCUGGAAUCGAGGAAGCUAUGGAGCAGCAUCUGCCUUUUCUCCCGUGUUCGCGUGGCGUAUCGCACCUUCAUCGAAAUAGCCCAGACCCUGCCAAGUUUUGGGCGCAUCAAAUUCGUCCUCGUUCCCCGUCCUGCUGUAUCUUUAAAACCACCUCAACGACCGGCGACUUUAAAGCAAACAUUGGGAAUGCUCCAGUUGGACUUGAAUUUCAACACAACGAAGGAACUCCUGGGUAAUGAUUGGAACGUCAGUAAGACUGAAGAGAGGUUCAAGAGUCUGCAAAAGCAGAAUCUCAACGUGCACGCCGAGGUGCAGAUGCUGAUAGCUUUGGCUGCGAACGAAUCGGUGAAAUCAUUAGUAGAAGACCUCAUACCAGAGGAAGAAGAUGUUUUGGAGGAUUUUGGAUUCAAUAGUGUGGAGUUUGGUCAAGGAAGAUCAUACCUUUUUGGUGUAUAUGCCGGUCUCUAUCUGUCCGGUAGAUUCUCAGCGGAAGAUUUCCAUAACUGGCGUAUCGAAGGUAUCCUGACCGAAAAGAUCAAGGAGUUCUUCUAUAGCCUUCCUGAAGAUUCCCGUGGAGGCUACUUUCCUUGGUUCUUGGAAAACCUCCCUGUCCUGGAGACACCCACGACCAAACAACAGGCGACGCAAAACCUCGUCGCAAGCAUGUUUGCUAAAGCUAGACCGUACUUAGAUAACGAAGAUCGCAACAAAGCGCUUGAUGAGUUGAUGCCUGAAGCCAAGCGGGAUAGCUUCACCUUGCUGGCUCAACUGUCUCACCAGAUGUCGCCGAAUCCGAUCGAACAAAACUGGUACUCUUUUGGGUUCGUAACCUGUCGUGGAAAGAGUGAGGAGAACACACUCGUGCAAGUCUACCAGCUCCUCCUUCUUGAAGAUGAUGGGAGUUACUUUUACAAGUUCUACAACAGCCGAAGGGACCACAACUCACCUGUCGGGUUGACGCAGUUUUGGAAAGCGUACGAAGCGGGAACACUCAUACAGCUUAUGGAUUCGAAAGGCCUCAAGAACCUUCGAUCCAGAUUGCCACUCUUGGAGGUCUUCCUGUCCGGUUCAUGCUCCUCCGUAUGGGAUUUGAAAUGGUUCCUUGACAUCGAAGACCCAGUGAAGUACCCGCCCAUUCCUUCGGUGAGCCUCGACUAUGGCUUCGUCAACUGCAACACGUUAGAGGAGACCUACACGUUGAUUGAAAUUUACAAAAGGGUUUUGCAGACCGCGCAUCUACUAGACCUUCAACAUGCGUGUAUAACAGGAACUUUGUGGCAGUUCGCAAGCAGUCGCAUCCGGAUGGAGGAGAAAUGGAGGCCGUUGAUGAAGAAAGUCUAUUCAUUGGAGACACCGACAGUGUCAGAGACAGGCGAGGAUAUGACACCAAAAGCAGAAUCAGAGGGACAUGGAGAACCCGUCGUCGUUUCGUCGUCGCUACUGUCGAGACUGUGGGGCUCGCUUUCGGUCGUCUGA